AUGGACCUGGAGGAGUACGCGAUCGACGAGACCCGCAUCUCCCCUGAGGACGGCAGCCCUGCGGCCGACGCCCCGGCCGGCGGCGACGCCCCUCUCGCGAAGUUGGACGCGAUCCGCCGGACCAUCCACGGGAUCGCGCGGCAGAAGGCCCGCUUCGAGCUCGGCGGUUUUAUCGUCCACCGCGGGCAGGGCGUGAGCACCGGGCACUACUUCACCUGCGUCCGCUACGGCCCGCAGCUGUGGUAUUGCUUCGACGACAACGCCGUCCACCUCAUGACCGCGCGCGACGUCCAGCAGUUCUUCGGCGUCACCUCGGCCGGCUCCAACGGGGUUAGCACAACGGCUUAUAUCUUACUCUACGAACGAGUCGCCUAA